UAAAGGAGCCUAGGACAUAAGUCUGGUUUUAUGUUGGCAUUGAAUAAGCAGGCUUCACUGAAUGUUGCAGAGCUCAAGACAAAAGGAGAGAGGAACAUACUAAAAUGUCACCUGAAGUUGCCUUGAACAGAAUUUCUCCAGCGCUCUCGCCCUUCAUUUCCAGUGUGGUCAGAAAUGGAAAAGUAGGACUGGAUGCUACUAAUUGUUUACGGAUUACAGACUUGAAAUCUGGCUGUACAUCCUUGACCCCUGGACCUAGCUGUGAUCGGUUUAAGCUACAUAUCCCUUAUGCUGGAGAAACACUCAAAUGGGAUAUAAUAUUCAAUGCUCACUAUCCUGACCUGCCACCAGAUUUUAUCUUUGGAGAGGAUGCUGAAUUUUUGCCAGAUCCUUCUGCUUUGCAUAAUUUAGCUGCUUGGAAUCCUUCAAACCCUGAGUGCCUCCUGCUUGUUGUGAAAGAGCUUGUGCAGCAGUAUCACCAGUUUCAGUGCAGCAGAUUACGCGAGAGCUCUCGUCUCAUGUUUGAAUAUCAGACUUUACUUGAAGAGCCCCAGUAUGGAGAAAACAUGGAAAUCUAUGCUGGCAAAAAAAACAACUGGACUGGAGAAUUCUCAGCUCGCUUCCUCUUGAAGUUGCCUGUAGAUUUCAGCAAUAUUCCUACAUACCUUCUCAAGGAUGUGAAUGAAGAUCCUGGAGAAGAUGUUGCACUUCUGUCCGUUAGUUUUGAGGAUGCAGAAGCUACUCAGGUUUUUCCUAAGCUGUACCUCUCCCCGCGUAUUGAACAUGCACUUGGAGGAUCAUCCGCACUUCACAUCCCAGCCUUUCCUGGUGGAGGUUGUCUUAUCGACUAUGUACCCCAAGUAUGCCAGCUGCUAACAAACAAGGUACAAUAUGUUAUUCAGGGAUACCAUAAGAGAAGAGAGUAUAUCGCAGCUUUCCUGAGUCACUUUGGAACUGGUGUGGUGGAAUAUGAUGCAGAAGGUUUCACAAAGCUUACUCUGUUGCUGAUGUGGAAAGAUUUUUGCUUCCUUGUUCACAUUGACCUACCCUUGUACUUUCCUCGAGACCAACCAACCCUAACAUUUCAGUCCGUCUACCACUUCACUAACAGUGGCCAGCUGUACUCCCAGGCCCAGAAGAAUUACCCUUACAGCCCCCGCUGGGAUGGCAAUGAAAUGGCCAAGAGAGCAAAGGCAUAUUUCAAAACGUUUGUCCCUCAGUUCCAGGAGGCAGCAUUUGCUAAUGGGAAGCUUUAGGCAGCCUCGGGCACGGAGGUGAUACUGGACAGAUCCUUCAGUCUGCGCGUGUCAGCCCACAAGAAGAAUGCCUGGAAAUGGGUUGGACUGUCUUGAUAGGUGCUUUCUUGCCUCUGAAAUGGUUUUGGUAGCUUCAGUUUUUGUCAGAUUUCUGAAACGCAGACCUCACUAGCAUGCUUAAAACUGAAUAUUUGAUAUUCGUCCUGUCCAUUUGCCUCUGCCACCACCAUUCCUUUAUAUAUCUACUGGAUUAAAUUUAAAAGGACGUGUUUUGAUGUGAUAAGAUUUCUUGUGCCAACAAUGUCCUGUAUGUUAUGCCUUGUUUCCUUGUCUUCAGAUAGUGUAAAUUGGAUCUUUUUUGUUCCCACGGAAAUACGAUGUAAUUUAUAUAUUUACUUAACAUUUCCAGCUUAUCCUAAGAAAAUAUAAAACUGCCGUAUGUACCAGGAAUGCCUAAUGGACUGUACAGUGCCAUAUUCUGCCUUGGAGGUUUGCGUCUCACUGUGGUUGUUACUCUCACAGGUAUGGAUAUGAGUUGCACAGUUCAAUUCUCAGUGCCUUUCAAGUUGGUCUGAUAUUAAUAUGGCAGGGUGUUGGAGAUUUUUUUUUAAUAUUUCAGUUGAAAGCUCAUCUUAUAUGAAAUGCUAUGCUUUUAUGCUUUGUUUUUAUUUCCAGUUGUACAAUUUUGCUGUUUUUCUAAUGAACUCCCCUUGCCAUUACAAAAAAGUUCUACUUCUUUAGUACCAAUGCACAAGCAACUAAUUGUAUAAAUCAGUAUAACAAAAUAAAGCUCUUGCAUAGACCUGUAAUUUUUCCAAGUAAGAUAAAUACUUGCUAAGAAGCAAACUUUCAACAAAGGAAUGAAUGAUGUCUUGGAAAAUAACUGAUGAAAUAAUGUAGGGCUACAGGUAUUUAGCUUAAUGCUUAAGUUCAACAUGUCUUCUCAGAAAUAAUUUUAAGUGUAUGUAACUGGAAACAUUACCUCCCCUAAUUCUGAAAUGCCAAAUGCAAAAUCCCACCUAUUCAUCCUUUCUUUUACGCUUGUGUCAGGCGCACCAGUUGGGGCUAACUGUCACGAUGUGACUUCCCAAAUUAAUUUGUAAAUAGACCAGGGUACUUUCCAGUAAGGAAUAAAAUUAACAGUGUAUGUUGCUUAUAAAUGGCAUGUGGAAAAUGUGCCCUACUUCUGCUAAAUAUGAGGAACUAAAUGAAUAGUAUGCAGAUGAUACAGUGGCACUGGAAAACAUCUAAUUUGAAAUUAUUCACUAUAGCACCACUAUCUGCUUAUGCAAUGAAAUCUCAUCAAAUUAGUUGAUUGGCAGUAUUCUCCUACCCUUUCUAAAACUUGUUAUUUUACAUUAAAAAUAGUGCUUUCCAGGGGAAUGUCCACCUAGGAAAUGCGGAUGGGUUUUUGAGCAGUGAAGCUUAAUAAUUAAGAAUUAUGCAAAUAAUUCGCCUCUAGAAACUACAGGUGUUUUUAGCUAGUUUAUAGGCAAAAUUUUAGUUUAUGUUUAAUACUGAAGUUCUUGGCUGGAAAUUAAACUGCAAACAAAAUGAGAAGCCUUAUUGCAAAUCUACGGAGGAGGGGGCGUAUUCUGUCCUGUGAGCCAGCCCCUUGUGACUCUCGCUGCAUUAUCUGAGGGCUGUAAAUGGCUCCAAAGGUCUGAGCCUCAAUUCCCUCUGUGGAGGCAUUGCAUUAGGCUUAUGCAUGCAAACCAAGACUUUACAGCAGAUGUGGAGGCUAAUGGUUGUAUGUGAAUAGCAAAGCCGUAACUGAACAACCUUAAAUGACUGAAACCAGGCAUUGUUUGGUAUGCUGGGAUGAUCUCACAUCUGCAUUUCUUCAGGUGAAAGUCAAAGCCACACACACGUAUUCAAGAAUAAGCUAACUCUUGUGAAUGGGGUGGGAGAAAGAGGAUGGCUAAUGAAAAACAUCUGUUCUCAUAGUGUUCAAAAUCUGAUAGAAACAAUCUCUAGCCAUCUUCAAAAGGUAAAAACCAAACCCUCGAGUUGCAUCAGUAGAUUCCUGGAAUCUUACAUUUUAUACCCUUGUGUUUGAUUCAGUGUUGUAGUGAUUGCCCCAUGAACACAGUGUUUGCUUUAUAUACCUGAUUGUCCAAGUGGCACCAGUAUUUUUUUUUUAAUCUUUUGAGAAGUUACCAUGAUUCAAAGGCUAGCAAUUGCAAAACGUUUCAAAAAGAGGCCCACUCUUCAGAAUUAAUAUGCAUUUUGAACCCAAAAUUCAUCCUUCACCGCAGUCCUAGUAAUUUUGGACAAAGGACUGCUUUAUUUUUAAAGGACUAAGAGUUUUAGAAGCCAUGUAAGAAAAGACUUUGAGGAUAUAAAAAGCCUAAACCAGCAAUUCCUUAUGUUGAAUUCAAUAGCUUCACCAACUUUUCACUAGCAUAUAUGGAAGUGAACCAAUGGUUUCAAUCUAAUUUUACAUCAUGCUACAAGUGGUAGUAUUUUGAAAAAAAAAGAAAAAGGUAGCAAAGUUUAGAAACUGAACUGUUUGUGUUUAAAGAUAAAGUCUGCAAGCCUGUCAAUUUUUACAUUAGAAGAAAAGGCAUUUUUCUUACACUUAAUGAACACUUUCUUUAUUUCAAAGCCACCCUGCACUCUUUGACCUGCAUUGUAUUUUAUGGAGCCCUUCCUGAUAGUUCUCAGAAGAAUGUAUUGGGGGUGUUAGCACUACAAAUGGGGUAUUGGGAGGAAAAACAUGGAAAUGAGUGAACUCUCUCCAGGAGGAGGAUUACUGUAUAAAUACUACAUUGGAAAAGAGAGUUAGUUUGAAUAAUUUUAUGUCGACUCAAGUAUUUGUUGAAGGCAUUUAAAUUAGUCACAAAAGUUGUAAUCUAAUAAGUUGGAGUUAUUUCUGUUAUCUCCUGUUUUAUGUUAAUAUCCAUUGUGGCCAGUUUAAUGGCAAUGAGACUUUCAGUGCUUUCUUUCCUAUUAUGUGAUACAUGCAAUUGAAAGCAGCAGUCAGACCUAGGCUAGUUUCUUUGGUUUAUGAGAACCACAAAACAUAGGAGAAAAAUAGCAAUGUUACAAACAUAUCAAAAAGCCUAAAUUCUGCUCUGUCGUAAUUUUAAUUGAAAGGAUGCAGUGAGUCUCUAGUUACUAAGCCCCAUUAAUGCACGAUUUUCCAAAGGUCCUUAAAGCGCAAACGUACAGCCAAGCCUUUAUUCAUCUGCAUACGUAAUUCACUGUGCUAGAAGUAAUACCAAAUCUUGUGGAUUCAAAGUUAGACUUUUUGUGAACUUGCUGGAAAGACUGGACAAACAGCUGGAAGAAUAAAUAAAAGUUAACUAUAUCA